CUUUCUUUCUUUCUUUCUCUUUUAUAUAUUUUGUGGUGUAUUAUUGAACUAUUAUGAGUGACGCUCAGUCUGUGUACAGCGAUAUUGAAAAUAGCGAAAAAAAUACAUUGUUGACCGAAAUAAAGGAAAACGAGAAACAGCUGACAAGAACACUUCGCGAGCAACUUGAACAGGUUCGUAAAGAUAAGGCAGCACUUGAAGCAGAUUUGCAUACACGCACAAAAGCCUAUGAAUCCAAGCUUCAGAGCAUAGAAAGUUCUGAUCAGCUAGAAGAGUUAUUGAGAAUACAGGAUUUGGAUGAAUUAAAAUCUAAAGUAAAGGAAUUACAUUCAAGAUGCUUAGAGCAAGAAGCUCGUAUCAAGAAAUUGGAGUUUGAGUUGGAAAUGGAAAAGGGGCAUGUCAAAAUAUUAAAGCAUGAUAAUAAGGCAUUAAAACAAAUGGCAGUUGAAAUGAAUGCAGUGGCAGAACAAGAAGAAGAGUUUAUUUCGAAUAAACUAUUAAAGCGUAUAAGUGGACUUAAGAAGGAAAAAAGUGAAUUGCUUUUACAAGUCGAACAAGAAGAAGAAUACAUGACAAACAUGCUUCAAAAAAAGUUAAAUCAACUUCAGCGUGAAAAGAUCGAUAUGGAGAACUCUUUGGAACAAGAACAAGAAUAUAUUGUUAAUAAGCUACAGAAGCAGUUGGAUUCAUUAAGAGCUCAACAGGCAGCUUCCCACUUGCAUGAGAGUAGCGCCUCUUCUAGUAUUAUAUCACCUAUCCUUACAAAGAAGCCUUCCAAGGAAACGGUUGAUAUGCAAUCCAAUACAGCAGAGAUGUUGCUAUCUGAAAUAGCUAUCCUGAAGAAUAAGACAACCGAAAUGGAAAAAGAAUUUCUUAUAAAAUUACAACAAUGUAAUAAGUAUAAGAGUGAAUUAGUUCACCUUCGUAAACAAACAGGUUUACCAACAGAUGAUAUCCCAUUAGAUGAAGGAAUUCCUGCUGUGUUCAGAACUGUACCUCCUUCUCCUGGAAGAGGCGGUAUUAUCCGUCGAUCGACUUCUAGUUCAUCCCAAAAGUCAUUAGCUUCUGAUAAGAACAGUAUACCUCCUUUGCAACUUGACACAAGUGAACCUGCAUCCAGAUCAAGAUCCAAUAGUCAAAAGAUCAAAGAGUACUUGACUACUUCACCACAACAGCAAUAAUACAAGCUUGCUCUCUGGGCUAUGCUUUUAUAAAUAAAGUUGUAUUUCCCUUAUAUAAAAACUUGAUCUAAAUAAGAAGUUCGACGUCAGAUGUGUUACAUUGCUCUCUGAAAAAGUUGGCCAAAGAUUUGUACGACUCUACUUUCCAGAAAGACUGUAUUUCCUUAUUCUUUAUAUAUAAAAUAUCAAGGCCACAAGAGGUAUGUGGUAUUUUUAUUAUAUCGUUUUUACCCUGGCCAGUUCAAGUUGUGAGGCAGUAUCUAA